AAAGGAAAUUUUUCUCAUAAUAGCCUAUAGCAUCCUACAGCAAUCAAUAGACAGUGCCUCUUGCUCAUAAUCCGCCAACUUGUAGCAAAACUUGUUUUCAUUAGUUUUAUGAUUCAAUUUGAUUAGCUGACAUUAGGUAUAUUGUUGCACCUAUGUAUGUAUGUAAUUACAUUAGGGACACUGCCACAAUUUUCAGUGUUAUGUCCAGUAUUUAUGGGACUGGUGUCAUUUGCCAAAUGGGGUCAAUGGAUAGGGAUUUUAGUGUUCCUACUGGCAUAAUUUCUGUCCAUUAUAUCUUUAUUAAUAAAGAGUUUUGGUGAACGCUAUAGGCAAAAAGCAAUUAAAGCCAAAUGAAGUGAAUGUCAGUUGAGGCUAAAACACAAGUCUUCAGCAAUUCUCUUCCUUUUCUCGCUCUUUUUCCAUCUCAGUGUAAAUCAUGCAGGUAAUUAUUCCAGUAGCCCCCAUGCAGAGAUUAAUCAUUGCUGGUCAAUAAAAACAAAAUGGCUGCCCUUUUCUUCUCCCAGUGUGUCAGAAUGAAUGGGCCAUUUGAUAUUCAUUUACCAUGUACCAUUGAGUAAUGGUCGCUCAGUAAUGUGCACAGAUUUGACCUACCCAAUGAGAUUCAAGGUAACACUUUUGUGUUUGGUAGUUGUCACAGACUGAGAUGACCUCAUGGAUUUCUAGAAGGUUUUAGGGAAGCUAUAGUUGUCUCAGCUUCUUUUUAUUUGACCAUGUGUAGAAAUCAGACUCUUGUCUGGUUUUAACAUAAUAAAAUGAUAGGUUAGAUUUUGGUCUCUUGAAUGUAGGUUUAGAAGUCAUCACGAACUGUUAAGUUUUUAAUCUGUUUAUUGCACAUGGGUGUUUCUCCUAGCCUGAGGCAUUCUUCAGCUCCAUUUAGUACUAAAUAGAGAUAUACUGCAUACAUUCUCAUACUCAUCUCCAUCUUGCACAACCCAGAUUUGUGAUUAGAUAUUAAAUUAAAGCAGUCACCAAGGCAAGAACUUCAAUUUCUUUCCACUUAAAGAUUAGUUCUGUCCUGUUGCACAUUCCCAAAGCCUACCUUGAGCUCUCCAUGCUGAGAUAAUGCAGAAAAAUGUGGAGAAUAAUUGCUAUAUCAGCUGGAUAAUAUUUAAUAAGUUAUAUGCAUGUCUUGCAGAAAUAUUUUAGUCAAACUAAAUGUUCAUCUAGCCAGAAAAAAUCAGAACAUUGACUUCCUGAAGUUCUGUAGCAGUGACAGUUUCUGCCAGAGAUUGAGCCAAGCACCUGCAGAGUAUGUAGAGUGUAGGUGUUUUAAUACUGCUCCCUAAUCCCCUCUUCUCUAAUAGAUUUACUGUGGGGCUUUAAUUACAGUAUAGAAUCUCUGGCACCCAGUACAGUCAGUGUGUUACUCCUUGCAUGGCAUUUUAGGCCCGGUUUACACUAGUGCGUUUUCAUUUUCAAAUGCCGCUUUAAAACGAAAACGAUCCUCGUCCAUACCGGCGCUUCCACUGCGUUUCAGAAACGAUCUUCGUCCACACUACAUGACCAAAAACGCAUGUCACGUGACCAUUCAUGCACACUGGGCAUGUGCGUACAAGUGUAAACAGGAAGUUGGUUACCAGUCACUGGCACAACAGUGAGCAUGAUGGCGAGGAAAACGUCUUCGUGUGGACAGAUGACGGAGUGGAAUUGUUACUCAAAAGUAACUAAUGACUACAAGGCGGCCAUGGCAGUCGAAAAUGUCGAUUGGGAGACAUAUCAAAACAAAUACGGCGACAUACUUGACAGAUUUAGGGAACACUAUCCACCACCGGAGGAAGCCAUGGCAACGCGAAAGGAUUAUCUGCACAAAACGGAGGAGAUCACCAAAGGUCACAUUACCACCAAACUAAAGGCCAUAAGAAUCCGUUAUUGGCAAGUGGUUGACUCUGGUCGGAAAAGUGGCCACGGACGUGUGGUCUUGCUGUUCUUUGAACUCUGUGAGUCAAUUUGGGGAGGAUCUCCAGCCACACUCACAUUAUCAGUUGGCAUAGAGACCAGCGACGUAGGACCAGAGGUCCCGGUCUUGGAACAGACAGGUGCAGAGUUGUCCAUUUCCAGUGGAGAAAGAGUCGAAGAGGUUUCUGUGUCUGCAGAUAUGGAAAAUCGACGCCAGAGACUCGAUGCUACCCUGACUAAUCACAGAAGACAGAAGCUAAAGAGGAAACUCUCCCCUGAUGCUAUUGCACAGGAGUACCUGGAGAUUAAAAGACGACUUGCAACAGCUUUAAACAUCUGACAAUGAGUUUGUUCAGACAAUGGGCCGGUGGUCGUCCGCAAUAGACCGUCUGAACUCAAACGCUGAAAUGCUGGUGCAGCAUAUUAUGGGUUCAGGGAACCGUGGUUACAUUCCUCUACCAUCACCACACACCCCUCACGAAAACUAGUAUUCCUAUGCACACACACCCAUAAGAAGACCACUUGGGGAGUAUAAUCCACCUGCACAUAGCCAGCACAGCACCUCACCUUCACUGUAUGGUGACCACACACAUUUGUAGCCUAAACUACAAAAGAACAUUUGUAAUGUUGGUUCCAUUUGUGUUGCGCUACUUAUAUUUAUAUCUGCACAUUAAAAUAGCUCCAGGUGUGAUCUGUUUGUGUAGUCAUACUUAAUGUAUACGUACAAAUUUGAUAUGUGUCUAAAUAUUUUGUAUUUGUAUUUAUGCUGAUUUAAUUAAAACAUCAUUUAUGA